AUGGGAGAAGCGGCAGGCCGCGAGCGCCCGCCGUGGCGCUGCACGGUGGCCGUGCAGGCCGCGCUCUGCCUCGCGCUCUACGCGGCCUUCAGCCUCGGCGAGCCGCAGCUCAUCCCGCGGGGCGGUGGCGCGGGUGGGGUGGACGCACUCGGGCGGGGCGCGCGCGGCAGCCGCGGCGGCGUCGCCUUCCUCAGCGUCGCUGGCGGCGCCAGGGGACCCAUCGAGCAGGCCAGGCUCCUGAGGCAGAUGGAGACCAUAGCAAAGGCUUAUGAGGUCAAGUUCGUGCUGGAUGUUGCUCAACUGGGAGAGGAUGAUCCACUCUGGCAAAAUGGUUCCAUGUACUUCCAAGCUCUGAACAUCCCGUGGUACUCCACUAAGUCAUCACAUGGGCGAACAGUUGGUAACCUUUUUAAGAAAGUGAAGAUGCCCUACGAUCAGGUUCUAGAUAUUAUUGGUCUGGACACAUGGCCUCUGCAGGAGCCUCUACAUGACGGCAAGAUAAGCACUUCUUACAGGGGACAGACAAAAUGGUUGGAUCAAUCACUAGCGCUCACUGACAGCAACUGGAAAAUAGUUGUUGGAUAUAAUCCAUUACUUGUUUGCAAUGGGGAGGAAACACCAGAAACCACAAAGCUCUAUGUGCCAAUUCAACGCAUUUUUGCAAAAUACGAAGUGAAUGCAUACAUAAGCAUGGGUGGGUUUUGUGGUUAUUUCCACCGAGACAACUCAAUAUUGUACAUCGGACAUCCCAGCCGUGGCGUUGACCAAACAAGUGUAGAUGGUUUUUUCUUGCACAGAGUUAGACCCCUCGAGAUGGAGUCAAUGUUGAUCAAUGUAGAAGGCAAGUUGGUUCAGAGAUCUGUUGUUCAGCAGCAUGGAACGGGAGCCAUGUGA